AUGUAUGAAUCCCCUUCCUUUUCAAUAUAUAUAUUUUUUUAUUUUUCUUUUCUCUCUUUUUUCUUUUCUUUUUUUUUUUUUUUUUUUUUUGGCUUGACUUUGAGCGUUUCGAGCGAGCGCAUCUCUCACACUUCCCACGGCGGGAGAAGAAGGGAGGAGACACGAGGGCACCCUUCUUUUUUAUUUAUUAUUCUGCUUAUUUGUGCGCCGCACGUUUUAAUGAUCGUACGCCGCCUCCGGUGCGCUUCUAUUCUGCUGCCGGGGAGUGACACGCUGCGACGACGUCGUCGGGCGGGACUGCGUCAUGGCAGCAGCGUCAUGGAUGCCUUUGCGUUGACCGCCGCUGACAGGGAGCAUGGCUCGUUACAUGACAAUAGGGGCGGCUUGUCUUCGCACGACACGCAACCCGCCGACAACAUUUACGACCCCCGCCAUGAAGAAUCAUCCGAGACGAUGCUUCCAUUCACGGAGGGCGCAUACUGCGGCGGCGAUGAGGCAGAGGGUGGGCAGCAUUGCGUCGUAGAAGGAGAGAGGAGUGUUGGUGAAAAGGACGAGCUACGGUCACUGCGUCUCUCAGCGCGGACCCUACGCGACGCCGCGGAGCGAGAAAUAAAGGCGGAAAUUGAGCGCGACUCCCGCGAUGGUGUGGCAGCAAUUCCGCCGUUGCCACCAUCCGGGUGGAAGGUGCAGCACCCGGCGGGGUCCAACUACUUUGUCAUGACAAGGACACUACGUGGCGGGGCGAAAUCGGCCGAACAGCAGACACGGCGCUACCAAAGCGUGCACGAUGUUUUUCUUAAGGCUCUGAAAGAGAAUCAAAGACAAAAAGUGCUUCGUGUCCCGAAGCAGAGAGAAGAAAAAGAAGAAGAAGAAGAGCAACAACAACAGGGACUUCAAGGACAAAUGCAGGAGCAAGCACGAAAUGGCAUGGAUGACAUUGCAUCCAGCAGCUCUUUGCAAUCAAGGGGUUCCUUUAAAAAGAUGGUUGUGGAUUACACUGGUCAAAAUCAACAUCGUGCAGUGCUUCGAGAGAUGACGGCUUCAAAUGAUGCAGAGCACGUGGAUAGAAUGGAUGUUUGCUUGACGGUGUUUGCUCCUUUUCGCGUUUACGAUCCUUCCUUUCAUGACCCUACCGUAGAUAUCUGCGAAUGGUCCUCCUUUGACGUACUUGUGCGGAAGAAGAAGGCAGCCGAAAAGCAAGGUUCAGGGGGAAGGACAAACAAUGCUCUCAACUCAUUGGCGCAGUUGGUUCAUGAUCGUGCACUCUGUAUGUUUGUGAGGCUAGCCAGUGUAAACAGCGAGAUGCGAAUUCGCUUCAUCCAAUUCCUUUCGAUUAAUGAGGCACAGGCACUGGAGGAGCACGCGUGUUUUGGCCGGGGCGAGCCAGGGUUUCUGGAAUUGAUGCGCCGUCGCCGUCAGAUGCGCGCGAGAACACGUCCCUUUCGGUCACUGCGCCGCUACGAUGAGCCUCUAACAUUGCUUCACGAAGCGCCAGAUACUCAAGACGCAUCAUCGACCAGCCCUCUGGCUAUCGGAUCACAACAGGGCUCACGCGGUAGUGCGUAUGAGCUUCUGACGGAAUGCUUUGACUCUACCGGGGAGUAUAGUCGGACCUUAUGCUACAGCGGGCCGUACCUGAGUGAGCUGUCCAAGGAGAUGAUGGGGGCGCUACAGGAUUACCUUCAAGGGGACCUCGCUCUUUCGCAGGAGCUCUGCGAGUAUGUCUGUCAAAUGCAGUUCUUCCUGGAACAGGAAGAGUACAUGGCGUGGCUGGGGAGGCUGCGUCAUGUGGCCACCGUUGCCUCAGAGCGUAGUCACAAAUAA